CUGGUGAUAAGCUUCUUCCAUUCGCUAGUGAUAAAAUCAAGAAACAUAAACAUAAACUAUGUAACCGAAGAAAAAUAAACGAAGACGAUCAUUACAUGCGUGAGUUUUACCUUCCGUUUUUUUCAGUUAAGGUCAAGGUGAUGCAUCAUUUUCAUCGGUUGUAAAGUUUCGCUCCUGGUGCUUCUGAUUGUGCAUUUUUUGACUUCUAGUGGAGCAAUGGAAAAUUACAGGAGGGACAUUAUCAGCCAGCUGCCAGAUGAUCUGCUCUUAAGGAUACUGUCGUCACUUUCUCUUAAGGAAGUGAUGGCAACGAGUUUCUUGUCCCAACGGUGGCGGUCUUUAUGGAAGUUGGGGUCUAAACUCAAGAUUGGUGAUAAAGACUUCGACGACUUUCUUCUCAAAUGGGUUUCCAGAUCUUUGGCUAUUAGUAACCCUCAGAUUCUAAAGAGCUUGGAUUUGAAGCUUAUCCCAGGUAAUGAAUGUGACAGAAAUAGUAACUCUUUUCAUAGGUUCUCCUCUUUGGUUGAAACCGCAGUUUCUUGCGGUUUGAGAGAGUUGAGAAUCGAGUUUCUUUACACAUCCCUAGAACUGCCGAGUAUCUUCUAUGCAUGUGGGACCCUCGAAACAUUGAUACUCUGCAGGCUACAUCUCGUGGAUGUUCCGCCUAAUGGUUCCUUGUCGUCUCUCAAAACUCUUCGCCUUUUAUCCGUCAAGUUCUCACGCGACGAAUCUGUUCAGAAGCUUCUAAGCAUUUGUCCAGUUCUUGAAGAGUUGGUUGUAAGACGAUCCGGAUAUUCCAAUGUGGAGAUCUUCACUAUCAACGUGCCUAGUUUGACGAGUUUAUCGAUUGAUUAUAUACGUGUGGGAUCUCAUCAACCCGCGGGUGUUCAUGGAUUUGUCAUAAAUGCUCCUUCCUUAAGGUACCUGAACAUUAGAGACCGUCACAGUAACUAUUUGCUGUUCACAAAUAUGCCGGAGCUGGUCAAGGCGAAUGUUGAGGCUGUUUGUGAUCAAUCCGAGAGUCUAAUAGGAUCUCUUGCCUCAGUCCGUCAUCUCUCUUUGUGUUCAAAAUCUUCAAACAUUCCAUACCAUGCAGGCACUUCCUUUGCCUUUCUUGAACAUCUAGAGCUGUGUACUUGUUCUUCGGAGUGUUGGAAUCUACUUUCCCGCAUAAUCACAGACCCCCUAACACUUCGAGUUCUCAAGCUUAAGUCGGUAUGUAGUAUUCAGUUUCCUUAAUAUGUGUGUGUGUUUUGCUUUCUUCUAGAGCUAACACCUACUUUGUGCAUCUCAGAUACAUCGCGCCCAUUAAUGGUUCUUGGAACAAGCAGACUUUUGUUCCUGAAUGUUUGUUAUCGCAUCUCAAGAAUUUGGAAUGUAAACAUUCAAAGGCUCAAAGCUAAACAAGUGGCCAAGUAUAUCUUAGCAAACGCUGGUCAUCUGAAAUUAUCUUGUCAACAUGUUUUCAAUCUUUUUUUAAUUGAAUGUAAAAUUGAUUCGAACAAGAAACUCAUUUCUAUAUUAAGUUCAACAUGUCACUGAAUUUGGAGUAUUUCUUUUGGAAUUUACAAAAGGUGUUAAAUUUGUGAUA